UGAAUCCGGCACCAGUACAUUUUUGCUCAAUCGAGUUCUUCGUCGACAAUGUCACAAAGAAGACAGGAAAUGCCUAUGCCUGGCUACCCUCAGGAGGGUCAGUACUCGCAAAGAAUGCCUCAACCUCAAGAUUAUUCAAACUAUAGUGUGUCACCCCCUGUCGACGAAUUCAACAGGCUUGAGGUCAAUGAGCACAGUCACCACCGCCCUCACCACCCUGGCCAAGAAUCGCACGCGCACCAUUUCCCAACCGAGACCCAGCGUCAGACAGAACAGCAGCAUGAGGCUCUUCAGCACCAUCCUAGCAACGUAGUCAUCGGACCUCUACUUCGAUAUGAUCGUAUCGAUCACGUUGCAAAGGUAUGGCGAGGUUCGUGUCUCAUUGUAUCGGAUGACACUAGCCCCCCGGUUAUGAGUCUUCAUAUUGGCUCAGAAAGAGGUGCUUCUAGGACUCUGCACGCCCACCCAGAUCUCUUGGAUGUGUACCGAAAUGAAUUUCACUUUUGGCGUUUCCCUCUGGAAAUCCCGUUGGCGGAGCAUGACCAAACCGUGGUUUACACUGCCACUUGCUUCGUGACUAGAAUGAACUUCACAUUUCAUCUACCAGCGGUUCAAGACAAUAUGCGGUUCAUGUUCUACUCUUGCAAUGGUUUCGCUGAUGUUUCUAAACCACUUCAGAAAGAGCUUGGCGCUCCCAAUCACCCAUUGUGGCAGGACGUCCUCGACAAACACGCGACUAUGCCAUUUCAUGUUCUGAUUGGAGGCGGCGAUCAGCUGUAUUCAGAUGAUAUGAUUGAGGAAGAGUUUAUGAAACCGUGGAUUACCGAGACGGAUAUUCCAAAGCGAAUGGCUUUACCUCGCAGCAUGUUUGAGGAACCAAUGGAAGCAUUUUAUUUCAACAACUAUGUUAAUUGCUUUGGGCCAAAGGGAAAUCCAUUGGUGGCAGAAGCCUUUGCCUCUAUACCUUCGGUGAAUAUGUGGGAUGAUCACGAUAUCAUAGAUGGCUACGGCAGUUACCCUAAUGACAUGCAGAAUACUGAACUCUUUCAAGUGUUGUUUGCCAAUGCAGUUCGCUUCUACCUUCUUUUGCAACACCACACUACCCUUAAGCGAACUGAAGCGGAUGGCCUGAUUCGUGGUACACUACCCACUUGCAACAGCGUUCUUACCAACCUGGGACCUCAGGUCUCAUUACUGUGUCUGGAUGCUAGAGGAGAAAGAACAAAAUACGACAUUUGUCGACCAGAAACAUACCACCGUAUAUUUGAAUGUUUGUACCGCAUGGUCCCGCCUACCACCCGACAUUUAAUCGUGGUGACCGGCGUACCUAUCAUCUAUCCUCGUCUGACAUUAUUCGAAAGCGCCAUGGGUGGAAUCAGGGAUUUCAACCUCGCUACUUUAGUAGGCAAGACUGGAGCACUCGGUGAUAUUAUUAAUGGACAAUUGAAUAAUUGGAACGGUGACCCUGAACUAUUGGACGACAUGAAUGAUCACUGGGGAGCUGCUGGUCAUGAGUCCGAACGUAAAUUAUUUAUCGAAAGACUUCAAAAGUUUGCAAAGCAUCGAUCGAUUCGUGUGUCUUUUAUUGCCGGAGAUGUUCAUUGUUGUGCGGCUGGCAAGUUAUACUCAAAGGAUAUGAGAGAGAAGGAAGAAGGCGAUCCGCAUCUUAUGAUGCAAGUGGUCUCCAGUGCUAUCGUUAAUGCACCUCCUCCACAAGCUUUACUCACGUAUUUGGGGCAAAAUGCUAGUCCUGUAUCUUUCAACGGCAAUACGGAAGAAAAGAUGUUCAAUAUCUUCAAGAUGUCACCUAAUGGCAAUUCUCGCACCAAUCAAAAAUUGAUGGGUCGAAGAAAUUAUUGUGCUGGCUAUUUUGACAAGGAAGGCAGCAACAAAUUAUGCUUUUGGAUUCAAGCUGAAAUUGAUCCUGGUGAAAAGCACACCGCUGGUUAUCUUUUGGCAGUUCCUCAACUUUUAUUUGGACCUGCUGGACUCCAGCAUCUUGCUUACCAUUAUUAGUUUCUUCCUCUGCUUAUUGUCUAUAUGUCUUAUGAAUUGGAAAAAAUACAUCUUUUUGGCUUUCUUCACACUGCCCUGAGAUUUUACCCCACCUGAGUUUUAACCCAUAGCCGGCCUUUCACGUGAAAUCCCAACAUAGCAAAUUACCCACUCGUUCC